AUGCAGCGCUCCGAGGAGAUUUACUACCAGCAGACGACGCUGCUGAACUCGAUGGUGCCGAUCUUCGGGGCGAUGGAAAAGGUCCUCGAGGCGUGCCGGAACGACGGCGUUGCGAGGCCGCUGGAGCGGCUCUCGGCGCUUCGCGCCGACUUCCUCAGCCGUCAGCAGGCCUGUCUUCGCCGUGAGGAGGACGCCCUCUAUCGCGUCCGCGGCGACCGCGAGAGGCUGAACUUCCACCAGCGAAAGCUCCUGGCGGUUCGGGCGGGGCAAGAGAAGGGGCUUGAAAACUACUUCGAAGAAUGGGAGACGCUCUACAACACAAGCGUCUCGGAGCAGCUGGGGUGCCUGCGGAUGAUGGAGCAACUUGAGCGGCGGAUGCGCGAACUGGGCAAGGAGCAGCAGUUCUUAGUCCAGGAUCGUCUGCUCAGACUGAAGGAGGAAUACCAACGCCGCGAGGACGCCGCCGCGUUCGAAUGCUUCGCCGCCGAGCACGGCGCGGUCCUGACGGCCGCGGAGGGUGCGCUCUCGAAGCUGGUGGAGAAUAUCAAAAUAUACACGACAGAAAUCCAGCGCGGGUAUGAGCACCUCGAGUCCUAUAUUGCCAAUGAUGUAGCGAAGGAGAUCGAUGUGGAGCUUCUGAAUGUGCACAAAAGCCGCCUGGAGCAAUUCCGCGAGCUCUACACGACGCUUGGGGACUUGCAGUUCAAGAAAGCCCGGCACCUGGAGGAGGUGGAAAAGAAGAUCUCCAACUACGAGAUGUACCAAGAGGUCGCGAUGGAUACUCUCAACCCCAAGGCGAAGGUCUACAGUCAGGCAAGGAAAAGCUGGAAGUCGGUGCACAAUGAAGUUCAGCAGCAGCUGGAGGUGCUGAAUCGCCAAUGCGAGGCUGAAAUAUCGUCUUUCAAGCGUACGGAACAGGCUUUGCUGAUGGCCGGUGUGAACUUUAUCAGCCCUGUUGAGGAGGUCACCAUGCGGAAUCAGAAGCGACAACAAAAACUACUGGAGUACCGUCAGCUCAUGGAGAGCGAAAUGGAAAAGCAAACCAUCUCGGAGAAUGAAAAGGCGCAAAACAGCAUCUCCAUUAGUACCACCACAAAGAACAGCUCUAAAGGACAUGAACUUCGUAUAAACGAUCCCAAGAAAGCUCGUGAGAACAUCUCGUCGCCGAAGUCCGAUUCAAGCCUGGGGACCUCCUCACCUAAAAGCCGGCGAUUGCCCUUUUUGUUUUCCCUUAAAGGGAAAUCUUCCAAGUCAAAGAAGGAGGUGGAGCUUUUGGAGACGCCUCGGCCGCCUUCGCACCAGUCGGAGUCUAUGGGUACGCCGUGCGGGGAGAGCUCCAUCCUCUCCCAGCAUCCAUACUCGAUGGAGAAUAAAACCGAAUGCCGCUCCCCCAUUUCAAAUGGGAAGAAAUGA